AUGUCGGAUAACAAGAAAAGAAAUUUAAAAGAUGAAAACAGGCAAUUCAAUAGUAAUUGGGAAAAUGAUUACUUUUUCACACAAAUAAAGAAUAAUGCUGUGUGCUUAUUUUGCCGUGAAACAAUUGUUGCUAAAACUUAUAACAUAGGAAGGCAUUAUGAAAAACAUACGGAACUUUCUGUACUUUCUGGUGAUGAACGGAAGGCCAAAUUAUUCCUGCUGAAGGGUAAUUUAAUGUCUCAACAAAAUAUAUUUCACAAACAAAGCCAAAAAUCAAAUGGCAUUGUCAGUGCAAGUUUUAAAAUAUCCCAAAUAAUAGCAAAAAAAUUAAAACCAUUUUCAGAUGGAGAAUACAUCAAAGAUUGUUUGAUUGCUGCAGUAGAAGAAAUUGAUCCAGAAAAGGUUCAUAUAUAUAAGCAAAUAAGUUUAUCUCACCAAACAGUUACACGUAGAAUUGAUGAUAUUUCAAUGGAAAUUUCUUUCAAGCUUGAUAUAAUAGCAAAACAAUUUGUUUAUUAUUCAUUAUCAUUGGAUGAAACAACAGACAUCAAUGACACAUCACAACUGGCAAUUUUCAUUCGAGGAGUUGAUAAUCAGCUCAAUAUAAAUGAAGAACUUUUUGAUCUUGUAAGUCUCAAGGAUACGACAACGGGUAGAGAUGUUAAGGAUGCUGUUUUAAAAUGCAUGGAAGAUAGAAAGUUAGACUUAAAAAAAACUUAUUGGUAUAACAACAGAUGGAGCACCAUCAAUGAUAGGAAAAAAUAUUGGAGCAGUUAA